UCCUCCACCUCCCUCCCCUCUCUGCUGCUACGCUCUCCGUCUCUCUGGAGAGGGAGAGGGGGAGAGAGAGGCCUCCUAGCCGACAAGGGAAGGGGGGAAAGUGAGUGUCGGCUAGGGUUUCGUCUGAUCCGAUUCAGAGCCGGCGCGGCGAUGAACAACUCCGCCUCGCCGGCGGUGGACUGGGGGGACGACUCCGCGGGGGAGAUGGAUUCCGAGGACACCGCGGCCGCCGCCUCCAUGGGCAUGGUCGGCAUCGCCAGCAUGAUGGAGGUCGACGCCGACGACCGCCACCCACCGUCUGCCGCCCCAUCCCUCCCCAUCGAUGCAGACUUCUUCAACGCCUUCCCAGACGACUUCGACGACCAAGACCUCGACUGACCGACCAAUUAGGCCAGGCAGAGGCAGUGGCGCAGUUGUAUAUGAACCUACCACACCUACAUAUGGACAUGUCGUCUCGCUGCCAAGGAACCACAGGUCAACGAUCACCUUCUGCUGCAGCUCUAGUGUUGUAUUCUCAGCUAUGUUUUCGAUACCUGCCCUGGCUACUGCCAGCCGUAUGUACAAGAAUAAGAAUAUGUUCUGUUGUGUAUUACACAAGUUGAUGCAAAUGUUCUUGUUGGUUGGAUCCUUUGCACGAACGAGUGGGGUUGUAAUGUGAUGAUGGCCUCACACCUCCUGCUUUUUAUUUAUAUAGUGAAUACAAAUCUGAACAUUUGCAUUA